AUGCAGAAUUUCGAUGCAGCAAUGAUGAGAGCGGAAAUAGCACAUUUAAGGGAAGAAGUAACUAAACUGAAGGAAGAAAGACAAAAAUGGACUUCGAGAAGAGAGAAAUGCCAAAAUUCAAGUGAUGAAUCGCUGAUUGAAAUGCUUGAAGAGCGAUUAGCUGAAGCGGAGAAUUGCAUUCAAGAUUAUCGUGAUGAAAAUACUGUUUUAAAAUGUGAACUUCGAGAAUUGCAGGAAUGCGAAGGUUCGGGUUCAGGUGUUAGCCAUAGUGAAAUGAAUGCAAAAUUGAUGGAGAAAUUGAAAGCUUCGGAAUCGUUAUGUGAUGAGCUAAUGGAGGAGAAUGAGUCACUAAAAGCAGAUAUUAAAGAUUUACAACAGGAAAUUGAAGAAAUGCAAGAUCAGUAUCGCGAGGAAGAAAUUGAAGAAUUUCGUGAACUUCAACGUGAAUUGGAGCAAAAUGCUAAAAAUUGUCGAAUUUUACAAUUUAAACUUCGUAAAUCAGAACGUACACGUGAGGAACUCGAUGCCGAGAAGCAACAUCUUGAAGCUAAAGUAAAAGAUUUGUUAGAAGCCUCGUCUGUAACUGGCAGCUUACAGAAAACCGGAAAACAACUGGAUACAAUACGCGUAAGAGAACUUGAAUCGGAGUUAAGAAUUGCUAAAGAAGUUUCCGUUAGAUUGCAUAAUGAACUUGAAAAUGCAGAAGAAAAACGAUAUAAAUUAGAGGAUGAAGUGUUUUAUAUGAAGGAUAAAAUUCGUGAAUUACAAACGCAAAAUAAAUGGCGAGAAGCACGAAAUCGAGCUGAACUACAAGCGAAAAAAACCAGCACCGAUUUGUCGAAUAAUUCGACCAGUUCUGAUAUCAGUAAAGAAAUGCAUGAUAUAUUGGAACGUGAAGCAGAUUUGAAAGAUCAGUUAAAAUUUGCGGAAGAAGAUUUGCGUCGAACACAACUUAGAUUGCAGGAUGUUGAAAAUGAGAAUGAAGAAUUGCUGAGAAAAUUAGCAAGAUUAAAGACGGUAAAGAGGCCACCAAUGUUACGUUCAUUCAGGUAA